GCGACCGCAGUGUACAUACUUCGGUUCUUCCCGUGCGACGUCGACCACGUCCUCGUCGAUUGCCACCAUUCCGAGGCAGUGGUGACUCGCGGCUGUCCCCAGGCUUCGCCAUUGAACGAAGAUGUCGACAGUUAUAGAGCCUGCGGAGUCCGUAAGGUCUGUUGACGCUGACUCUAUUUGCGAGAAUCGCACGGAGAACGAGGACGACCGCGUCGCGCUCACCGAAGGCCCUGCUACUGAAGAUGCCAAUGGGGACCUGCAAGUGCCUUCCGACAGCAGCGUCUGGGCGAAGAUGGACCUCAUAGUGCUUCCCGUAACGACAAUGAUGUUCUUUCUGUCCUCGCUGGAUCGUUCAAAUAUAGGAAAUGCGCGAGUGGCGGGCUUCCAGGAGCAGCUCGGCAUCUCAGAUGAACAGUUCAGCUUUGCCUUGACAAUCACGAUAAUACCAUACACAAUCGUCAACUUCCCGACAAAUGCGUUACAGAAGCUUAUAGGUCCGCGGAUAUUGCUCCCGAGCAUGGUGGUACUAUGGGGCGCGGUAUGCGCGUUUCAAGGGCUACUCCGAAACUAUUCUGGAUUGCUUGUCUGUAGAUUCUUUCUAGGCCUUUUUGAAGGUGGGCUGCUCCCCGGGAUAGUACUCUACCUAUCUUCGUUCUAUCCGAAACGGAAGCUUCAACUGCGGAUAGCACUGUUGUUUUCGGCGACCUCGUUGGCGAGUGCCUUCUCCGGCCUGCUCGCUGCAGCAAUCGUGAAGAUGGACGGCGUGGGCGGAAAGCCUGGUUGGGCAUGGCUCUUCAUCCUGGAGGGGGCGUUUACCGUACUGUACGGAUUCGCGGCGUUCUUCAUGCUGCCCAACACGCCGACCUCUGCGCGGUUCUUCACCGAGGCAGAGAAGAGCAUCAUCAGACGCACCCUACACGACGACGGCAUCAUGCUAGUAGACGAGCAUGAUAAGGACUAUACCUGGACGGAAUUUGGCAGGGCGUUCCUCCAGCCGCAUGUCAUCCUCAUCGCGCUGUCGGGUUUCUUCAACGGCGCAACGGUUUCGGGACUAGCAUACUUCCUCCCAAGCAUAGUCAAGGGGCUAGGAUAUGCGGGCACGCGAGCCCAGCUCAUGAGCGUCCCGCCCUUUGCAGUAACAGCUGUCUUCUCGGUCGUGACCUCCUUCCUGGCGGACCGCUACGCCCGUCGUGGCCUCUCGAUCAUCUCCUUCUCCACAAUCGCCGCAAUCGGCCUAUCCAUCUUCCUAGGCUCAUACAUCAACCCCAUCCGCUACCUCUCGCUCUUCCUCCUCGUCCCGGGCUCGUACUGCAUCGCACCCGCGCUCGGCGCCUGGAUGGCCAACAACACCGCCCCGGCGCUGCGCCGCGCGACCGCGCUCGCACUCCUUUCGACGAUGUCCAACGUCGGCUCGCUCGUCUCCGCGUGGGUGCUCGGCGCGCUCUCCACGCCGCCAAGGUAUACCGUGGGUGCGGCGGUGCUGCUCGCGUUCCAGCUGGGCAUCUUCGCGUGUGCGGUGGGGAAUGUGCGCUGGCUCGUGGCGGAGAACCGUAGGAGGGAGAAGUCGAGAGGGGAGGAGGCGGAGGUGGCGGAGGCUCCGGGUCGUGUUUUGCGGAAUGAUAGUGUUUGGUUCUCGUAUGUACUGUAAAGGCACAUUUACCUAAGGUUCCCC